CUCUCUCUCUCUCAUUCCCUUCUUCCCUCCUCUCACUCUUCUCGGUCAGUCCAUCAGUACUCUCUCAGACUGGACAGAAGAAGAGAGAGAGAGAUAGAGAGAGAGAGGUGAAGGAGUGACAGACUGAGAGCAUCCCUCUCUUCUCAGGUUCUUCAGUGGAGUUAAGAAAUAAAGUGGAUCUCUUCGGAUCUGACAAGAACCACCGUGCAAAAACUUUUCUAGGAUUUUGAGUGAAAAACAAACAGAAAAGUCUCCUGACUUCGGACAUAAACGUUACCCAAGCACCUCCUGGCAUUUCUGUUUUUAAGCAACGAUGCCCUUCCUCUUACACCUCAUCCUCUUCCUCAUCCCAAGCCCCACCCUGCUUUCCCACAGUGCAUCUGUUCCCGCCGAGUCACAGACAGUCAAAAUGGUGAUAUCAGAGCGGUGCGUCUCUAACCCCGACGUGGUCGAAGGUCAAGAGGUUGACCUGACACCCGGUUCUCCUCUAGUUCUGACCCACCGAAUCCGUUUGGUUCCCAGUACUGCGUCCGGUUCAUGCUGCCAGUCUGAAUUUGCGGCUCUUCGAGAGCGACUCGAGGUGCUCGAGAGGGAAGUUUCAGAGCUCAGGGAGAAAUGUGGAGGCCUGGAAGGCGGCUGCUGCACUUCACAGCAAAGUAAAGGAGCGGGCUGCACCACCGUCCGUCCCCCAACAGAUGAGUGUUUGAAUGACUGCAAUGACCAGGGCCGCUGCGAGGAUGGGAAGUGUGUGUGUUACCCUGGAUUUAGCGGACCUGACUGCAGUGUGCCCGACUGCCCCGGAGACUGCAGCAACAAGGGGAAGUGUGUAAAUGGCAAGUGUGUUUGUGAUCCCGGUUUCACCGGACCAAACUGCUCUGUUAGAACAUGUCCCAAAAAUUGCAGCAGCCAUGGCAGGUGUGUGAACGGAAGAUGUGUGUGCAAUGCAGGAUUCACUGGUCCAGACUGCUCAACUGCACAGUGUCCUGGAAAUUGCAACAACAAAGGAAGAUGUGUGAAUGGGAAGUGUGUGUGCAAUACCGGAUUCACAGGUUCAGACUGUUCUGAGAGGUCCUGCCCCGGAAACUGCAACAAUAAAGGCAGGUGUGUGAACGGGAAGUGUGUAUGCAAUACAGGAUUCACAGGUCUGGAUUGUUCUGAGCAGUCCUGCCCUGGAAAUUGCAAAAACAAAGGCAGGUGUGUGGACGGGAAGUGUGUGUGUGAUGAAGGAUUCACAGGUCUGGACUGUUCUGAAAGGUCCUGCCCCGGAAAUUGCAAUAACAAAGGCAGGUGUGUGAACGGGAAGUGUGUGUGCAACACUGGAUUCACAGGUCCAGAUUGUUCUGAGAGGUCCUGCCCCAGAAAUUGCAACAACAAAGGAAGAUGUGUGAACGGGAAGUGUGUGUGUGAUGAAGGAUUCACGGGUCCAGAUUGUUCUGAGAGAUCCUGCCCCAGAAAUUGCAACAACAAAGGAAGAUGUGUGAACGGGAAGUGUGUGUGUGAUGAAGGAUUCACAGGUCCAGAUUGUUCUGAGAGAUCCUGCCCUGGAAAUUGCAACAACAAAGGCAGGUGUGUGGAUGGGAAGUGUGUGUGUGAUGAAGGAUUCACAGGUCCAGAUUGUUCUGAGAGGUCCUGCCCCGGAAAUUGCAACAACAAAGGAAGAUGUGUGAAUGGGAAGUGUGUGUGUGAUACCGGAUUCACAGGUCCAGACUGUUCUGAAAGGUCCUGCCCCGGAAAUUGCAACAACAAAGGAAGAUGUGUGAACGGGAAGUGUGUGUGUGAUACCGGAUUCACAGGUCCAGACUGUUCUGAGAGGUCCUGCCCCGGAAAUUGCAACAACAAAGGAAGAUGUGUGAACGGGAAGUGUGUGUGUGAUACUGGAUUCACAGGUCCGGAUUGUUCUGAGCGGUCCUGCCCUGGAAACUGCAACAACAAAGGCAGGUGUGUGGAUGGGAAGUGUGUGUGUGAUGAAGGAUUCACAGGUCCGGACUGUUCUGAGCGGUCCUGCCCCGGAAAUUGCAACAACAAAGGCAGGUGUGUGGAUGGAAAUUGUGUGUGCAAUACAGGAUUCACAGGUCCGGAUUGUUCUGAACGUUCCUGCCCUGGAAACUGCAACAACAGAGGCAGAUGUGUAAACGGACAAUGUGUGUGUGAAGUUGGUUUCACUGGACAAGACUGCUCCACCAAGACCUGCCCAAAUAACUGCAGCAACAGAGGAAGAUGUGUGAAUGGCAAGUGUGUGUGUAAUCCCGGUUUUGCUAUGCCGGACUGCAGUGAGUGUAAGGACGGACUUACAGGACCUGACUGCGCAACAGCCCUCAUUGCUGUGUCUUACCUCAGUGCCAGAAACAUCACUGAAUCUUCAGUUACACUCUUCUGGACUCCACCUGUAGUGCAGUACAACACGUACCGUAUCACCUUCAUCAGUGAGAAAGAAAGCGAUCAGAAGAUCACAUCCAUGGUGAACGGCGGAUUCAGCACCUACACUCAGGUGGGCCUGGCUCCGGGACAGCGGUACACCGUGACCAUCACUGGGGAGAAAGAUGGCAAGAUGGGCGCCAAAAGCACGACAACAUUCCAGACUUUGAUCUCUGGCCCCAAAAAUCUUCAAGUCGUCAAGACAAGCACAACAUCUGUCAUCGUCCAAUGGGAGGAAGCACAGGGAGACAUUGACAGAUACAUACUCUCCAUUUCCCCAAAUCAGACAGAUGGAUCUGGCCAGGGAAGCCAAGAGAUGAGGUUACCACCCGGGAGAGACUCUGCCCAGAUCGAUGGCCUGGAGCCUGGUCGUUUGUAUGACAUUUCUCUAGUUGCAGAAAGAGGUGGCACUCGGAGCCUGCCGGCGACCGUGCAAGCAACCCCUGGUCCUGAGCCUCCCUCACACCUCUCCUUUAGUGACAUAACUGACACGUCACUCACUGUGUCAUGGAGACGACCAAAAAGCUCUGUGUCUAGGUUUAAGGUCACGUACAUGCACACUAAAGAAGGAGAGCCAAUCUCAGUGACGGUGGACUCAUCAACCACCACUCUGUCUCUGACCAAGCUUUCCCCGGGAUCUACUUAUGAGGUCAGCGUCAUCUCUGUGCUCGGAUUGGACGAGAGCGACCCAGUCAAGGACUUCGUGAUUACACUGCCCGACCCACCAACCGACCUCAGGGCCAUAAACAUCACAGAUACCAAGGCACUGUUGCUAUGGAGACCUGCCCUGGCAACCGUCGACCAGUACAUCAUCACUUACCACUCUGAGGAAGCUCCUGGCUCAGAGUUAAGCGUCAGAGUGUCGGGUAACGCAGUGGAAGAGCAGCUUCAGGCUCUAAAGCCUUCCACCAAGUACAAGGUCACCAUCAUCAGCCGGCUGGGAGAACAGAAAAGUUCCAGCACACACAGCACCUUCACUACGGCCAGCGGCUCUCCUGGAAAGGGGGAGGGACCUCGGGACCUGACAGCCAAACACGUAACUGCACAUACUGCUGUGUUGUCAUGGAAACCACCAGCUUCAGCUGUGACAAGCUACAAACUGACGUACUUCACCAAGGGUGGAGAGCGCAAGGAAGUGACCCUUAACCCUGGAGUUACUGAACAUAAGCUGAGUGGGUUGCGUCCCUCGUCUAUGUAUACAGCACUACUGCAGGGUGAGAGAGGUGGCGUCUACACCGCGGCCAUCUCCACCGAGUUCACUACAGGAACUCUGCGCUUCCCGUACCCCUCUGACUGCUCUCAGCAGCUGAUGAAUGGACAGACGGAGUCGGGUUUGGUGGAGAUUUUCCCCGGAGGGAAUCAGGGACAACCUGUCAUGGUUUACUGCGAUAUGGAGACAGACGGAGGAGGCUGGACGGUCUUCCAGAGACGAAGUGAUGGGAAAACCAACUUCUUCAGAAACUGGCAGGAGUACAGGAAGGGCUUCGGAGAUCUGGAGGGAGAGUUCUGGCUUGGAAACGACUUCCUCCACAACCUCACUACAAUGACUCCCAUGAAUAUGAGGGUGGACUUGAGAUCAGGAGACGAGUCUGUCUAUGCACACUACUCCACGUUCUCCGUGGACACUAUGAAGAAGCACUACAUGAUGCGAGUGUCUGGAUACUCGGGCACAGCCGGCGACUCUCUGAGGUACCACGAUAAACGGCCGUUCUCCACGUUCGACCGCGACCCUCAGCCCUUCAUCACACGCUGUGCCAUGUCAUACAGAGGGGGCUGGUGGUACAAAAACUGCCACGAGGCUAAUCUCAACGGCCUGUACAACACACACACCAACCAUCAGGGUGUGAUCUGGACCGCAUGGAAAGGGAAGAAAUUCUCCAUCCCGUUCACAGAGAUGAAACUCCGCCCAGCCUCCUUCAAAGCACACGGUCAGGGAUGAACAGAGUGAAAGAAAAAGAGGACGUCGGAGAAGAACAGCAGACACUCACACAUGUACAGACACACCUCACUUACUGAAAAUUGUGUAACCACAGUUUGAAAAUGUUCUAUGUGUAGUAAAUGUUCUACUACACACACACACACACACACACACACACACACACACACACAUAGGGGAUGUUUAUUCAAUAUAUGAUAUUGUACAGUUUGUGGAUUGUCUGUUUAUCAUUUCCUGCCUGUAUCCUGUGUAUUUGUGGUAUGUAUGAAUAUUACGUGCUGUAGCUCUCACCUUGACUGUGUGUGUGUGUGUGUGUGUGUGUGUGUCAGAGAUAUACAGUGGAUCUAAAAAUAAAGUCUACACACCCCUGUUAAAAUGGCAAGAUUUUGUGAUGUAGAAAAAAUUAAACCAAGAUAAAUCACGU